CGAACAGACGUGGCUGACUCGCAUGCUUCAAUGUAUCCUCCAUGUCAGUUAUUACCUAUUAAUACACUCUGAAGACAGCACAGCCAAACAGAGCAAGCUUCAACUUCAAAGGUUGUAUACUUCAAAUUUUCCGCUCACCAAGCGUGGAUUGUUAGCGGUUGCAGUUCCUCAUCAACUUCGGAUAACUAUGAGAACUUGUUACAAAGAAUGGUGGAUUUCAGCAGCCAUUCUUCUGCUGGCAAUGAGUUUGCCAUAUUCACAGGCAUAUUUGAAUGAAAAUAAGAUCAAAACUGCAGUUUUUCUAUCACCAAAAUUUGUGCUGGGACCUGGAUCUGUUGAGAACAGAUAUUACCACAAUAUCGACUUUCCAAGGGGUCAUAUUGCUGUCAAGAGUUUCAAUGCAGAAGUAAUUGACGAGGCAGGGAUUCCUGUUCCCCUUCAUGAAACUUAUCUGCACCAUUGGGUUGUUGCAAGAUACUAUGGACGUGUAGAAUACAAUCGCAACAGGGAGCUUCGUGAGUCAGAUAACAUUAAGGUGAGAAAUGAUGGCAUAUGCCAGAAAGGUGUUCUUGGGCAGUAUUUUGGCCUUGGAUCUGAAACACGAGGAACAGAAACACACAUCCCGGACCCUUAUGGAAUAGAAAUUGGUAAUCCUGCCGAAAUUCCUGAGGGCUAUGAGGAGAGAUGGCUGCUUAAUGUCCAUGCAAUUGAUACACGAGGUGUGGAAGAUAAAUUGGGUUGCACUGAAUGCAGGUGUGAUCUUUAUAAUAUUACAGUGGAUGAAAUUGGCCGACGUUUGAGGCCAGAUUAUACUGGAGGUUUGCUAUGUUGUUAUGAUCAGACUCAAUGCAGGGUGAGACAUGGCUUUGAAGGUGCCAGGAGGAACCUCUACUUGAGAUAUACUGUGAAGUGGGUUGAUUGGGGUAGUUCCAUUGUGCCCGUUAAAAUCUAUAUAUUUGAUGUCACUGAUAAGUUGAAGAGGUUUAAUGAUUCAACAGGACUCAGCACAGAGCAUGAUUGCCGGGUUGAAUAUGACAUUGAGCCUUGUAGUGCCACCAAUUUGGCAGAUGAUGAGUGCAUUCACACAAAAAGAAUAAGCCUCACCAUGCUGACUGGUGGUUAUGUCAUUUAUGGUGUUGCCCACCAGCACUCAGGGGGUUUAGGUUCUGCACUAUACCGAGAGGAUGGGAAGGCUAUAUGCUCUUCAAUUCCAGCUUACGGAGAUGGGGCAGAGGCAGGAAACGAGGCUGGUUACAUUGUAGGAAUGUCCACAUGUUAUCCUCAACCGGGCUCUGUCAAGAUAACAGAUGGGGAGACGUUGAUUCUAGAAUCUAACUACAGCAGCACCCGAGAACACACGGGAGUUAUGGGGCUCUUCUACAUUUUGGUUGCUGACCGAGUGCCAGAGCCUGUGCCUUUCUCAUAUCUUCGCGUUAAAAUGUACGACAAAAUGAACAGAACUACUUAUGUUUGGGCAGCAAUGGUUCUGGUGGGACUUGUUGCCGCUGCUGCUGUUGUAAAAUAUCGAUGUAGGAAUAAGGGUGAAGAUGAAUACCAACCAAUCAUGAUUUGAACUUGUUCUCCGAGUUCUAGAUGUGUACUGGUAAUAUACAACAACACAUCUUAAAGUCUACCCCUUUUUCUGUAGCUUAGUAAUGUAUAAAUUAACAUAUUGUUGACUAGAUGUAAUAUUUUCAAGAUGUAGUAAAAGUUUGAAGUUACUUUA